AUGCUUGAUAAACAUCCUUCAAACGCUAAAGUGAAUAUAGGAAAGAAGGAUGAAAUUGAUAAUGUCGAAAAUUCCAUAAUAGAUAGGAAUAUGUCAACAGUUUCUUUUUUGACAGAGGAGGAGGAAGCAGCCAUAACUUCUGAAAGAGUUAAAACAGCUGCUAAACUCGAAGGUAUUUCAACCGAAAAAGUCUUAUCUAGAAAUAAAAAGGCCACUAUUAAUAAUAACGUAGCUACAAAUACAUCCGGAAAUAGCACGGAUCGAUUAUCAAAAGAGUCAGGUAUAGGUUCAAGCGUUAGUAGUUCAUUGGAUGAAAAAGAUGAUGAAAUAGAUAAUUCUCCUAGUGAAUUAUUCACUUCUUUUCAAUCUAAUACUAAUACUGAAAACACAAAAAUAUCGCCUAGAAAGCAGAAACAACAUAGAAAAAAUGAAUUAUCUUCCUCGGUUCAUGUAGAUCUUAAUUCUGAAAUACCGGAAUCAAAUUGUACGUUUAAUGAUACAGAAUCUUCAACAUCAGGUGGAACGAAUAAUGAACCAGAUUCACCAUCAUUACCAAAUAAUUCCACAACAACUGAAUUUGUAAAAAGAAAACAUUCUUUUAAAAGGAAAAAUUCAAGUCGGUCAAUAUUUAGUGUAUUGUCCUCAGGAUCACUUCGUUCUUCAACUUCUCGUAAUUCUCGGGGGGGUUCUUUUUCUUUAUCAGACCCUGAAGAUGAACUCUCUAAUCAUAAUCAAAGAGUUUCUAUAGUGGAUUCUCCUUCAAAAGCUGAACGUAUAUUAAGCCGUUCGGGUUUUUCUUCCUUGUCAAUAAGGCGACGUCGUUCUAAAUCAACAAUGUCUGUUGCUCUGCCCGAGAAAAAUAAUAUAAUCUCCCCCAGAUUAUCAAGUUCUCCUGAAAGUUUAUCCAAGGCUGGUAAAAUUUUGGGUUUAACGGCUUCUGAAGCAAAAAUUUUAUUAGAUAAACCAGAUAAUAAUAACAAUAAGCCGACGAGAAAAGUUUACGGAUUUAGACCUUCAUCUUCAUCAUCAGAAGAAAAAGUCGUACUCCCUACUUCAAAUAAUGCAAAGAACAGCAAGAUAUUUGGAUAUGAUGAUAAUAUAUCACUUUUAGAUAGAUCGAGUAAAGCGAGUAAAUUAUUAGGUUUGGAUGAUGGUGAAUUAAGCAGAAGGGCAACUUCAAUGUGUUUGGUAUCUGAGUUUAAAAGUAUUAGUAAUAAUACAAAAUCAAAUUUAGGUGGAGGGAAUUUGGGAUGUCCGAUAACAGUAGCUAGUAUAAGAGAAAGUAUAAUAACGUAUCGAGGGAUUUUAUCAAAAUAUACAAAUGCGAGUUUUAAAUUAUCAAAAUCAUGGAAAAGGAGAUAUUUUAUAUUAUCCAAAAAUAUCCUAUAUUGUUUUAAAUCGUCAGAACGUACUUCCCAAUUAUUAGAUCAAUUUGAAUUCAACGCUGACAGUGUCGUUUGUGUUAGUGAAGCUUUUAAUGGUAAAAGUUGGGUGUUGCAAGUUGGCAAACCAAAUCAAAAACCUUGGUUUAUACAAGCUGAUAAUGUUGAAGAUAUGAAAUGUUGGUUAAGUGAAUUAAAAUCUAUUGCGGUAAAUUGUAGGUCAAAUUCAUCUGAAUUAUCUGCUAUACCUCCUGCUUCACACACACCGCGACCUUUUAUGUUAACUUCUUUGCCUCCCCCUCCUCGUCCUAGAUCCGCUCCUUCCCUUGCUUCCUGUCCUCCUUCACCAACCAUAUCAUUCACUUCACCAAUUUCUUCUCAUAGUCGUCAUAAUGUUCCUGCUGAUGUUGAAGAAUUAUCAAAUAGUCCAAUUAAUAAUCAUGAUUAUCAUUCGGAAAUUCAUCCACGUCCUUCUUCUCCUGUUGAAACAUUAUCGCCUCCAAGAGCAAGAAUUAACAAUGCAGCAAAACUUACAAAUCAUCAACAUAAAGAUUCAACAUCUAGUACACACUCAACUAAUAGUACUUCAACCUCAAGACGAAGAACAAGAUCAGGUUCUUUUGAUAAUUCUUUAUCAAUCAAUACUUCUCUGAUACAGAAGCAACAACAACAAUCCUCUAUAAAUUAUUCACCUAAAAGGUCUUCUCGUCUAGAUAGUCAUAGAGAAAGCAUUCCAAUUAUGAUGCCAUCUUGGGGUGUAAGAAGUGCUUCUCCUACUUCACUGUUAAAUCCUUUUGUUAGCUAUACUUCGUUACCACCUCCACCACGUUCUACACGUACUCAUCCACGUAGUGAUCAAACAAUACUUCCUAAAUCCGUUAAAUUAUCUCAUUUACCAAAUCCACCUAAACCCCCGGAAGGUCCGAAACCCGUAAGGAAUAGUGUACGAGUUUCUUCAAUUGAUCCUGAUCGUCGUAUAACUCGUAGUCCUCCAAAUAUUCCUUUACCUCAACCACCUCCUCGUCCAAUAAAUACGAUAACUCCUGGUUCACGCGCUACUUCUCCAAUACCUUCACAUAAAAAUAAUAAACAUGUAAUACCUCCUCCACCAUCUACACAUUUGAUAUCAUCACUAAUACCUCCUCCUGUGCCACCACCAAGAAGGCCGGGUGCGGAUAGACGAAUUGGAGGAAAGGGAUCUAGUUCUGAUGCGGAAAAUUUACCCCCAGAGAACAUUAGCACUCACGGAAGGACAAUGACGUUACCUGUUAAUUUACCUUCGAAUCCACAUUCUUUCACCAAAUUACCCACCAGAUCAAAAUCUCCUCCUCCUUCAAGGAAUCAUGUUACUUCGAUGGUGUAUUCUUCAAGUCCUUCAAGAUUUCAAACUAUGUCAGUUCAUUUACCCUACUUUACUUUGCCUCCUCCAACACGUCCUCCUGAUGUUCCUUUACCUCCUUGGUGA